UACGGGCCUGCAUAUCUCUACAUGAUGCCGCGUGUCCGUGCCAUUCCUGGUUUCUGCAGCUAUAUCUUGUACGCGGUAUUGGCAGGCAAUCAUGGACAGCCAACUCUGGUGCCACCAACUGGUUAUUUCUGUCCCAACGUCAACGUCACUUACACUUGUCAUGACAGUAAUGUAACAACAAUGACAUGGCAUGCUGAACCUCACAUUUCAAGAAGCCUAGGAAUCCAGUAUGCACCAGGGAUUUACCAGUAAUGAAUCCAUGAAGAAAUAUGACAGUUUCUACACACAAGCUACCAAUUUCAGUGUAGAUAUUGAGACAGAGAAGUUUAUCAGUGUGACAACUAUUCUGACUGUGAUCUCUAGUGGCAUAGAGAAUGGAACAAACAUCACAUGUCUGACCUAUAGAGGUGGAUACCCACUGGUGUCCUCUUCAAUUCUCUACUUUGCAGAUCUCCCCCGCUGGAAAAAUACCUCAGUGAUAAUAAUAUGCCCAGAGAAUAACACAGCAGUGCUUGAGCUGGGAGAUAUGUUUGAUGGAGGAGGAGUUCCAAUUGAUCACUACAUUAUUCAAGUGGACAACGGCACACAGUUGGAAACUCCAGGCCCCACUUACAGUUUUGACAUCAUGUACAAUACUACACUGUCAGUGAACAUCUCAGCCCACAACUGUGCAGGAUACAGUGAUUUCUUUCCACUUGAGAUACAGUAU